GUGCCGCCAUCGAGGCUGGCGGGGAUGGCGCUGCCCGCGGAGCAAUGGCGGCAGCGCGCUGCCCGGCGCUGGGCCGCUCUGGAGCCGGCGCUGCGGGAGCGGCUGGCGGCGGCCUCGCUGCACGACGCGGUGCGGCUGGGCUGCGGCCUCCUCCGGCCCGAGGCCGAGGCGCUGCGGGGCUUGUGCCGCCGAGCGCGCACGGACAAGGAGCCGGCGGCCGCCCGCUUCUACCGGGAGGAGGGAAACCGGCUGUUCGGCCGCCGCCGCUACGGGGCCGCCGCCAGGCUCUACUCGCGGGCAGCGUCCCACGAGCCCCCCGGCAGCGCCGAGGUCUCCGUCUGCUUCGCCAACCGCUCCGCCGCCCUUUUCCACCUCGGGCACUUCCAGGUUUGUUUGGAAGAUAUUGCCAGGGCUGAAAGUCAUGGCUAUCCAGACAGGCUGCUGCCCAAGGUCUUGCUGCGGAAAGCUGAGUGUCUGCUGUGUUUGGGAAGGCUGCAGGAGGCAGCAGAUGCCCUCAGGGUGGUGGAGGAUAAAAUUUCUGUGGAUGGGAUCGUGACUAGUCCUACACACCAGACAUUGCUAAAAAGGUUAAGUCAACUGAAGAUUAAACUAGAUGAGAAAGAGAGCUGUCCAGAGCCUGCACGGGAAUCGUGUGGUGGUAAUCAAAGAAAGUCAGAGAUCUGGGAAGAGAAUGGCAGCAUUUCAGGUGCAUCUUCAUCUGUGAGCUUGAAUUUUGACAGAGAGAGAGGACGUCACUUGGUGGCCUCCCAGGACAUCCUGCCAGGACAGAGCCUGUUGAAAGAGGAAGCCUUUGUAAGUGUGCUCUGCCCAGGGGAGAGCUUUCUUCUGCAGGACAGCAGGGAAACAGCUUGGGACACUGGAGUCACCAGUGCAGAUCUUUACUGCCACCGUUGCCUGAGGCAGCUCUUGGCCUCAGUGCCCUGCCCCGGGUGCAGCUAUGCAAAGUACUGCAGCCAGGGCUGUGCAGACCUGGCGUGGGAGCAGUACCACAGGACAGAGUGCUCCCUGGGAGCCCUGCUGCUCACACUGGGGGUCUUCUGCCACGUUGCCUUCAGGACUGUUCUACUGGCAGGCUUUGCAGAGGUUAGCAGGCUGGUGGAGUGGUCCCACGGUGGUGACAGAGACCUUCACAACCCUGAGGCAAGAGGCAAAGGUCUCAGUGAGGCACCAGAUGCAAGAGCUGGUACCAGAGGUAUCCCUGGUUGUAGUGACAGUGGUCAGUACCAGAGCUCUUACCACGCUGUCUUCAACCUUUUGCCACACACUGAGAAGCACAGCCCUGAGCAUAAGUUCCUUUGCGUGCUGAGUGUAGUGGCUAUCUGUAAACAACUUCAAGAAGCUGGCCUGGAGGCUGCUGUUCUGAAUCAGGAAUCGUCUGAGGAGUGCUCCAAACCAAAGGCAGGUGGAAACACAGCAGGGGAAUUGUCUCCAGAGCUGCAGACGGUGGCGGAGGCGAUGCUGAGGCACGUGCUGCAGCUGCAGUGCAAUGCACAAGCCAUCACUGUCCUGCAGGAGUCAGGGUCUGGAAAUGGUACAGUUGUAAAUAAGAAGCCUGUGCUCCUGGCGACAGCCUUCUUCCCUGUCCUCAGCCUCCUGAACCAUUCCUGCUGUCCCAAUACCAGCCUGUCAUUUAGUGGGACAGCUGCCACUGUCAGGGCCUCACAGCCAAUCCCAAGUGGCCAAGAGAUUUUCCAUUGCUAUGGACCUCACCAAUGUAGGAUGAGGGUUGCUGAGAGACAACAGCUUCUCAGACAGUAUUUCUUUGAGUGUCACUGUCAGGCAUGCCUGGAGGAGUUACAGUGUGAUGGCAAGAGUGGUUUGACCCUGAGAAACUCUUUCUGCUGUCCCAGCUGCCAGGCUCCAAUGCAGGGAGAAGACACGCUUUGCUGUUCAGAUGAAGCUUGUGGAGUCUCAGUCAGCAGAGAGAGCCUGUCGUGCCGUUUAGGGGACCUUCAGCAACGAGUCCAGAAAGCAGCAGGACUGCUGAGAGAUGGGAGGGCUGAUCAGGCUAUCAAAAUGCUCCUGAAGUGUCAGGUGGAUGCUGGAAACUUCUUAUCCCCAGAGCAUUUGCUGAUGGGAGAGAUGGAGGAUCAUCUGGCAGAGGUCUAUGCUACCCUUGGGAAGUGGCAAGAAGCAGCCAGACACCUGGAGAGGAGUAUUGAGAUUGUGGAACUGCACCACGGGCCAUCAAGUGUAGAAAUAGGUCAUGAACUUUUCAAGCUGGCACAAGUUCUCUUCAAUGGAUUUGCAGUUUCUAAAGCUCUGAGCACGAUUCAAAGAGCAGAGGAGAUUUUGUCAGUGCACUGUGGCCCUCAGAGUGCUCAGAUCCAGGAACUGCAAGAGAUGAAGACCUGUCUGUCAGAACUUCCCAGAAGCCUCCUUCAGAGGACUUAAUUUCCCUGUCAAAGGAAGCUGCAGUGUGAUCUUCCACCAAAGCUAAGUUCUCUGUGGUAAGGUAGCCAUGUAGUACGAGCUGGAAGAUCGUGUGUAACAACAAACUGAAAUGCUCUUUAGUGAGACUGCUGUAAAUAAAAUGACCAAUUCUAACAUGA